UGUGUGUGUGCUGUGGGGGGUCCGACCAGGUUGAGGAGACAUCAGCGACACAGUCAAACACAAAGACGAAGAAGAAGGGGACCGAACUGCACAGAAAGUCACUGUCGGUAAGAAAGUGAUAUUUAUCUCAAGGUGUCUGGUUGUGAAAAGGAUGUGAACUACUCUAAGCGUCAUAGAGUUAUAUUUAUUUAUGAUGUUUCAUUCUGAUUCUAUAACUUCAUUACAAUCCCUUUUUUUGUUUGUGCCUGACUCAGGUAUCACUAAGUUGUGUUGACCAGACCUCUCUUGACAGAUUUGAUCUGAGGUUUAAUGGAUACUUUCUCCCCCCACAUUUCAAACCCAGAUAACAUUAUAGCGAUGGACGAUGUUUCUUCAUAUUUGAGCAUCAACAGAACAUUGUUCCGGAUAUGUUGCAUUUUCUGGAUUGUCUCUCUUGCAGAGGGAAACGUCAUCACAAAAGUGGUGGGCAGCCAUGUGACUCUAGCCUGCAACACAUCAAACAUCACGGUCCAACAGCUCACAUGGAAAUUAAACGGUGUGACCCUGAUCAGCAUCAAGACAGAGGACAUGGCCCUGUACACCAGUGAACAAGCAGUGGACCUGAAGAUAAAUAUAUCUCUGUUGGGGACACAACUGUACGCACUGGUGAUAGAUGGCGUCCAGAGGGCGCAUGCAGGGAGCUACAGCUGUGACAUCACCGCGCUCGAGGGAGUGUGGAUACACAAACUGGAGCUGAUAAUUACAGAGAAACCAGAAAAUGGAAAGCGGAGUGAGCACGUGCAUGUAAUUGCUGUGGCUACAACUGUUCUAUGUGUGUGUUGCCUGAUCUUUAUAUUUACUUUUAUCAUCCUACGAAGAGUCAGCAACUGCCGUGCAGAAGAUAACAGUGAGCCGGCUUCAGUAAUGGAGCAAACAGGGGAUGUUUACGAGAAUUGCUUGGAAAUGAAUGUUGGUCGUCAUCGCAGCUGUCAGUCUGCCCAAACGAAGCCCAGAGCUCACCAGCGAUAAAAGUGCAGUCCAGUGAGUGAAGAGAGAAGGAGACCGCAAGAACAGGAAGUAACCAUGAAGUGUCAGGCCUCACAUUGUAAAAGAAAACCUGUCUUCUUAUUUUGUGUAGAAUUUUUAACUGCUUUCU